CUUCCUUCUAUUUCAUUUGUCGAGGGGUUUCGCGAUGGGUGCAUAUAAAUAUAUGCAGGAGUUGUAUCGCAAGAAGCAGAGCGAUGUGCUCCGAUUCUUGCUUCGUGUCAGAUGUUGGCAAUAUCGUCAAUUAACUAAAAUGCAUCGUGCUCCCAGACCAUCUAGACCCGAUAAAGCACGUCGCUUGGGUUACAAAGCUAAAGAAGGUUUUGUCAUAUUUAGAAUUCGUGUACGAAGAGGUGGCCGUAAACGUCCUGUUCCCAAAGGUGCAACAUAUGGAAAGCCGAAAAGUCAUGGCGUUAAUCAGUUGAAGCCUACUAGAAAGUUACAGUCUGUUGCUGAGGAACGUGUUGGUCGUCGUUGUGGUGGUCUACGAGUUUUAAACAGUUAUUGGGUAGCUCAGGAUUCUUCAUAUAAAUAUUAUGAAGUUAUCCUGAUUGAUCCAGCACAUAAGGCAAUUCGUAAUGAUCCAAAAGUUAACUGGGUAUGUAAUGCAGUACAUAAGCAUCGUGAACUUCGUGGAAAGACAUCAGCGGGCAGAAGUUCGCGAGGUUUAGGUAAAGGACAUCGUUAUUCACAAACUAUCGGUGGUUCGCGUCGUGCAGCGUGGUUAAGAAGAAACUCUUUGUCACUUCGCCGAAAACGAUAAAUUUAUUAAGUAUUUCGAAUAAUGAUCUUCACGUGUAUACGAUACAUCAUUUCAUUGAUAUAUUAGAAAUAUUUGUAUCAAUAUUAUGGUAUAUCUUGUACGAAAUAAAUGUUUCUUUCCUAA